UCCAGUUGCCUGUGAUUCUGGACACCUUGAGCUCAGCCCAGAUGUCAUCUGUUGUGCUUAGAGCAGGUUACUGUGUUAUUUCAGGUUUAUGAAGUUGGAACUUCCACCAGGAAGCACAGAGGAAAUCCCUGUCAGAGGAGGACAGUGAAGAGAUACUAACAGAGAUGAGAUGUAUGUGUGCAUGAGUAACCUGAGUCUAUCUUCAGUUUCAGAUGCCUCUGGAUGUUCAAUGAUAGCACUCCUCCAUACUGGAGCAGCAAAGUUUCCCCAAAACUUACUUCCAAGGGCAAGACAAGCUGUGUGCUCCCUGCUCCCGGCUGGUGUUCUCGAAGGGUACAGCUCCAUUGUAAGCAGGAAACUGGCGUCCCACGGCUUUGGAGCUUCCAUGGCAGCAAUGUCAUCCUUCCCUCCACAGAGAUAUCACUACUUCUUAGUGCUGGAUUUUGAGGCUACGUGUGAUAAACCACAGAUUCAUCCUCAGGAAAUCAUCGAAUUCCCUAUCCUGAAGCUGAAUGGCAGGACGAUGGAGAUCGAGUCCACCUUUCACAUGUAUGUUCAGCCUGUGGUGCAUCCCCAGCUUACGCCCUUCUGUACAGAGCUGACUGGGAUUAUUCAAGGCAUGGUGGAUGGGCAGCCAAGCCUCCAGCAAGUGCUUGAGAGGGUUGACGAGUGGAUGGCAAAGGAAGGCCUCUUAGAUCCCAGCGUCAAGUCGAUUUUUGUGACCUGUGGAGACUGGGAUUUGAAAGUGAUGUUACCAGGACAAUGCCAGUACUUAGGGCUGCCGGUUGCUGAUUACUUCAAACAGUGGAUUAAUCUGAAAAAGGCGUACAGCUUUGCCAUGGGGAGUUGGCCAAAGAACGGGCUCUUAGACAUGAACAAAGGACUGAAUCUACAGCACAUAGGGAGGCCUCACAGCGGGAUAGACGACUGUAAGAACAUCGCCAAUAUCAUGAAGACACUGGCCCAUAGAGGCUUCAUCUUCAAGCAGACCUCCAAACCCUUUUGAUCCCCGAGGCAAGCCAGGCAAGGGC